UUUUGAAAAGAAUUUGAAGAGAGAAUUGAAAUGUAACCAUAUAAAAAUAUGAAAACUAUAUAUUUAGGCAUUCUUCUUUUCCUUUGUUUUCAGGAUACCAAGACCGAAUAUAAAAAUAAUAAAUACGAUGAAUUAAAUAACUGUGAUGAAGAUGUUUCUGAGCUUCACCCUGUAAAAUCAAAUCCAACCGCAAACGAAACGUCUGAAGACUGCAGAAAAUGUGGAAUUCAUCUUUACAAGUCUGCAGGAACAAAAAAGGGACCUGUAAUUCCUUUAGAUAACUAUCCGUGGGUUGUCAAUUUCACAGUCGUUGGGAAAAAGAGUGAAUCCUGUGGAGGUACCCUAAUUUCUUCAAAUUUCGUCUUAACAGCAGCACACUGUGUGUUUAGGAUUGAACUGAAAAAUCACCCUCUCUGUUUUGCAAGUAGAGUUCACAGAUUGUGUUUCCAUAAUCCAAAAGAUAUCCAUCUAUCCCAUACGGAAUACAGUGAUUCCGAAUCUCUAAAAGCCAAAAAGGUAAUAGGACAUCCAAAGCAUGGUUUCCGUUGGAAUGUAUUCGACAUAGCACUUAUUCAAUUAUCAACACCGGUUAAGUGCAGCAAAAGUAUUUUCCCUAUUUGUUUGCCGGCACAAAAGAAGAAGAACUGCAAGAAAAGUCUUAAGCUUGUAGACAUAGACAGCCAGGAGGAAAUGAAAGAGGAUCCCCUACAUGCGACAGUGGUGAAUCCCAGGAAGUGUAAUGAUGUGGAAAAACCAUUGAAGCAGCCAUCCAACCCAACCCAACCACUUGUCUCAUUUGAAGAUUAUCUAAUACAAGCACUUUUGUUUCUUUUUUGGGAAAGAGAAUUUUAUCAUUGA